AUGUUCACAGCUCUGUACAGUGUUUUCAAGAAAAUUAGGACAAAGACAGUAUACACAGUUUCUUCUUAGAAAUCAUACAUUACAAGUUCAACCUACAGAUUAGUUAGUUAUCUGCUGGCAGAUAGACCUUUGUAUGAAAUUGUCCACCCGAACCUCAUCCUCAUUUCUUUGUGUUUGCUCAAUAGAGCAUAAUGUGGGGAAGGUCUAUUGCCGACUAAUGUGUAGGUUGUGUGCACGGAGGGAGGUGGGGUGGGAAGUUACUUCCCAUACAUUCUCUUAAAUGAAAUAGAAAUGAUGUUCUGACAACUUGCAAAGCAGUCAUCAAGGGUCUUGCCAGCAGUUUUGUGUACUGAUGUUGCGCAUUGCAUCAUAAACCAAAGGUACAAUGUAAACGGUUUUGAGAAGGAACAAAAUCAUGGUGGUUGAAGGCGGGAUUGUUUCUCACUAUUGCAUUUCGUUUAUUUUGGUAAAUUGCAACUUUACUGAUUUUAUGUCGCUUUUCAGACGUAUUGUAUGUUGUGGUCUUUCUUUUUUCUCUUGGUAGAGUUUGGAAUAUGCAACAUAUAGCCUGUGAACAGGCUUUCUGUUUGGGGGAAGGGCAAAAAAGUUGGGAGGAGAGGGAAGGGAAAGGGGGAGAGCCUUAAGACAAACCUUUGAGGCGGCUAUUCCACCCUCUUGUCUAUUAAUUGCUGAUCCUCUGUCAGCAAGAUUGUCAAUUAAUGUAGUCAGUUUUGCAAGUAAAAAGGGGGCGGGAGGCAACACUUGACUUUUACCUGCUUGUUCCAAUGAGUUCUUUCUCCGGUGGUAGAUUAUGUGCUGGAGCGUAAGCUUUGACUGAGGAAAAUUGUGGUUUUCCCUCCCAUUUAAAAGUGAGAGGUCAUGACAUGUAUACUGAUUGUCUGAGGUUAUUGUUGUCAUUGUUUCUGGUCAGUGUGAUUUGCCCUCUGAUGCAACAACAUUUUAUUUUAGCUCUUUUGAAAUGUAUUUUUGUGGCUAAAUAAGCUUAUCAGUGAUGUGCCAGAAGAUGCCAUGUUAAAGAUCAAAAGACCUGUCAGUGUUCUCGCCAAUAGGAGCUUGCAUCAGAAUCUGAUGCACAGUGGGUGCCGCAAAAUAGCAGCCUCAAAGGUUUCUCUACUGGCUCUUCCCCUUCCCCUCUCAUGAUUUUUUUAACUUUCCCCAAACAGAGAGCCUGUACUGUGCACAGGCUAUGCAACAUAAUGCAUGUAUUACAGCAACAUAUAGCUGAAACAAUCGCCGAAGAGUUAAGAUAUUGAGAAGUGUUUUGCUGCAAACCUAAGGAAAGUUAAGGCUGCUUUAAUGUAAAGAGCUUUCAUUAAUGGAUGUAAUUUGUUUAUUGGGCUCAUUUGAAUUUUGACUUUCAAUUAAGGUGUUUACUGAUUCCAAUAAACGAAGUGAAAUAGAGUACUAAAGUGUGACGUCAUAAAAAUGACAUUUGUAAAAUUAUGGGAUUUGUCAGGAUAUUCUGAAAGAACAAUGUCCAAGAGGCCUACUUGCCAAAAAUGAGGAUUUCGGGGCAAAUUGUCUCUGAGAUCGUAGCCCAGUUAUGUUUAGAAAAGUCCAUACAAACCCUUCUAAAUUUUUUUGCGUCGACCCAAAAAAACAUUAAAAGGGUUUGUAGGGAGUUUUCCGAGUAUAACCGGCUAGCAUCUCAGAGACAAUUUGCCCCGAAAUGCUCAUUUUUGGCAAGUAGGCCUUUAUAGUUGAUGCACCUCAUUCUUAUAAUUUUGGAUCUGUAAAUCACUAUCUGUGAUAAUUUAAUAUCCUGCAAAGAAAACUACUAAAUGAGUUAGGCCCAGAAUGAUACAACAUUGCAGAAAACAUUAUAUUAAAGGACUAGAGAAAAUCGCUUAAAAUAUUCAAAUCCAGAAGGCACUUUAGAGAAAAUUAGAACCCUUAUUCAGCUGUAAUAAAAAGCUUUAUGCUUUAAAAGAGGUCAAAGAAAAUGCUCUUGCAUCAGAGGACAAAUCCUGCCGACCACAAACAAAAACUACAGUAAAUCAAUAUGUGUUCCAUGACCUCUCAGUGUGAAACAAGUGGCAAAAAUCACAUUUGUUCAGUGAAAUUGUAGAACCUUCCAGAGCAUAAUCUACCCAGCAGGGGAAAAAAACUUAUUGGAACGAGCAACAUUUUGGUAGGAGGUAAAAGUCAUUUUAAUAGGCCUACCAACCAACCCCUUUUAUUGCUGUGCGCUCGAUAAACAUGCUAUGGCGGAUCCCAUGCCAGCCACAAUAGAAUCAGGUAAAUCCCACUAUUUACAGUAGUGCGAUUUGAAUACCCCACUCGAUGCAUGAAUCUGCCAUAAUCACCCAGCAUGCAAAGAAAGUAGUGUCCGAUAGCCUGGGGCUAGUGGAUUUUGCUCUCAGACUAGUGAGUUCUGUUAUUAACUUGCCCGAUGGGCAAGUGAAGUUUUUUGAGGAAUUCAAAUUACAGAAGUACUGUCAAAUCAAUCUGCUCAUCAAAACAUUUUUGGGGCUAGUUGAAAAUGAUGUUUGGGCUAGUAAAUGUUAGCUUCAGCUGUAAAAAUGACUUUCUUUGCACCCUGUCACCAUACUGAUAGGAAUCUAAGCGAGUGCAAACUCUGCCGCCAUGUUUGUGCAAUAUGCACGAAGCACGAUGGACUAAAGAGCCACCCACCCGACAAAGGCUUCUAUUGUCUUGACCCAGGGAGGCUCCCUAGUCUUGAUCAAUGAUCCCUGAAGCGUGAACGAAAAUUCACAAGUCGUGUUGAAAAUACACAUGGUUGAGUUUGACAUAUGACUCGGUAAGUGGCAAAAUGCCCUGAGUAUUGGUUUAGGCAUUCAAGCUUAUAAAAAGUAGCAAUAUUGGAAAAUUUGUCUGGUGUAUAGUUUUAUUCAUAGCGCCGAGUUGAAAAUUGCAUGGUUCUACUAUGUAAUUUGAUGAAGCGAGUUGAAAAUACACAGCGAGCAAGGUCAAAUAGAAGAGUUGAGUUUAAAAGCUAAGGGACGCGAGCAUAAAAACGUUUUCUUCUAAAGGAAGAGUGUAAAAUUUUGAAUUCAGCUAUAAAAUUUAAGUACCGAGGUUAGAGAUUUAAAUGAUGCAUUUAAAAUUGAAACCAUUAAUUUUGGCAGGGAUUGUACGCCAUAAGCCUGACUUUGUUUCUACCCCCUGGUGUGCACCAAGUAUGAUUUCUAAGAGGAAUGUCAAACUGUGUUCCAUGCAAUUCUGUGUUUGUCCUUGUUUUCUUGAAAACAAUGCAUAAUGAAACAACUAUUAGAAUUGGUUUUUGGGUCUCAGUAAGUGUUAUCAGCCUCAGCUUUCGGCUCAGCUGAUGUCAUUUAGUCAAUCCUCUCCCUUGAUUAUUUCUGGAUAUCACAAAACCUCAUCCCACACCAUUUAUUGUUUAAUAUUAACAAAGUGAACUAAGACUGUGGUGGCACAGCCCCUGUACAUUAAUUUGUAAAUACUCAGUAUCUUACAUUUCAGUGGGUAAUUAAGGCAGCAGUGACAGUUAAAAGUAAUUAAGUGAUGAGAACUUCAUUGAUUCCUGAUUUUCCUUUCAGUACUAGGCAAACAUCUUAGGAGCACUAUGCAAUAUUGUGCAGGUUAG